AAAUCUCCACUCAACUGAACACUCCGUCACCACACAGAGACACACUCUCUCUAUCCAUGAUAACCUGCAAGGCUUCACACCUGCGCUCUGUAUCACUCUCUUUAGACUUCACCUUCAAAUCAACAUCAACAAACCCUAGAUAUCUAUGUUUUUCAGAGUCUAACCUCUCUCUGCGCAACAAUUGCCUUGUCUGCGCUUCCACUGACAGACCCAAAUGGAACCCUACAAGUCAUUUUGCUUAUGGUAACCGACACAGAGCCAAAAACGAAUAUGCCGACGACGAAGAAGAAGAGAAAAAGGUCCGUUGCGAGGUUGAAGUGAUAUCGUGGCGGGAACGAAGAAUUAAGGCCCAAAUUUUGGUUAAUGCCAACAUUGACUCGGUUUGGGAUGCUCUCACCGACUACGAGAGGCUAGCCGAUUUCAUCCCCAAUCUUGUUUCCAGUGGGACAAUUCCAUGUCCGCAUCCUGGGCGAAUAUGGUUGGAGCAAAGAGGCUUGCAACAGGCACUAUAUUGGCACAUAGAAGCACAUGUUGUGUUGGAUCUUCAAGAAUUCCCUAAUUUGGCUAAUGAUCGUGAACUCCGUUUUUCGAUGGUUGAUGGGGAUUUUAAGAAGUUUGAAGGAAAAUGGUCUUUGAAAACUUGCAAAAGGUUGUCAAUGACAACUUUAUCAUAUGAAGUUAAUGUGAUACCUAGGUUCAACUUCCCAGCCAUAUUCUUGGAGAGGAUUAUCAGAUCAGAUCUUCCCGUGAAUCUUCAAGCAUUGGCUUGUAGAGCUGAAAGAAAUUUUCAAGGGAAUCAGAAUAUAUCAAUGACUGAAAGUUCCUUGGGUACAACAUCCAUGGCUUUCACUACUUCCGCUAGCAUAGACAAUGAUAAUUCUUUGUCAGAGAAGGAUAAUCUUACUCUUGGUGGGAUCAUGGAGAGUUAUGCUGGCUCUAAUUUUGGCCCAUUGCCCCCUUCUUCUGGUGAGUUGAACAGUAACUGGGGUGUAUUCGGGAAAGUUUGCAAACUUGAUAGGCCUUGCAUGGUGGAUGAAGUUCAUCUUCGUAGAUUUGAUGGCCUAUUGGAAAAUGGAGGUGUCCAUCGCUGUGUUGUUGCUUGCAUAACAGUGAAAGCUCCUGUUCGUGAAGUGUGGAAUGUUUUGACUGCUUAUGAGCGUCUUCCUGAGAUAGUUCCAAAUCUAGCCAUCAGUAAGAUUAUAUCACGAGAAAACAACAAAGUUUGCAUUCUUCAGGAAGGAUGCAAGGGCCUAUUGUAUAUGGUGCUCCAUGCACGAGUUGUCCUAGAUUUGUGUGAACAUGUUGAACAGGAGAUUAGUUUCAAACAAGUUGAAGGGGACUUUGACUCAUUUCAGGGAAAAUGGCUUCUGGAGCAACUUGGGAAUCAUCAUACACUAUUGAAGUACACAGUAGAAUCAAGAAUGCACAAGAAUUCCUUCCUUUCUGAAGCUAUCAUGGAAGAGGUCAUAUAUGAAGAUCUCCCAUCAAACUUAUGUGCAAUUCGGGAUUAUAUUGAAAAAAGAGAAGCAGAAAAGUGUAUGGAAACAAGCGAUCUUGGGUUAUAUUCGGAGGAGAAAAAUGCUUUGACUAAUAAUGACAGAUAUGCUGAUUGUAGUUGGCCAGCUGUGAAGAUUUCUGAUUGCAAUGGUCCACAUUCAUCCAAACGAAGACCCAGGGUGCCAGGCUUGCGGAGAGAUAUUGAAAUUCUUAAAGCUGAACUCCUGACCUUUAUUUCAGAAUAUGGGCAGGAAGGGUUUAUGCCCAUGAGAAAGCAACUUCGAAACCAUGGAAGAGUAGAUAUUGAGAAGGCAAUCACACGCAUGGGCGGAUUUAGAAGAAUCGCGUCAUUGAUGAAUCUUUCCCUUGCUUAUAAACACCGCAAACCAAAGGGUUAUUGGGAUAAUCUUGAAAAUUUGCAAGAAGAGAUAAGUAGGUUCCAAAGGAGCUGGGGAAUGGACCCUUCGUAUAUGCCCAGUCGAAAAUCUUUUGAGCGUGCAGGUCGCUACGACAUUGCACGUGCAUUGGAGAAAUGGGGGGGCCUACAUGAAGUUUCUCGCCUUCUAUCGCUUAAGGUGAGGCACCCUAACAGGCAGGCAAAGUUUGCCAAUGAUAAGAAAAAUGAUUAUGUGGCAUCUGGUGAUGAAGAGAAAACACCAUUGAAACCUUAUGUCUCUCAAGAUACACAGAAGUGGCUCAUGAAAUUAAAGGAUUUGGACAUUAAUUGGGUUGAAUAAAAUUCUAAACUUUAUUUGUCUA